AUGAAGUACUCCAAGCUUUUGCUACUCCUAGUCGGCGUGGCCCAGGCUCUGGAUGUGCCUCGGAAACCACACGCGCCCACAGGAGAAGGCAGCAAGCGUCUCACCUUCAAUGAGACCGUGAUUAAGCAAGCAAUUACGCCGACCUCACGGUCGGUGCAAUGGCUCUCGGGCGCAGAAGAUGGGUCCUACGUGUACGCGGCGGAAGACGGUAGUCUCACCAUCGAGAACAUCGUGACCAACGAGUCACGCACACUCAUCCCUGCGGACAAGAUUCCGACAGGGAAGGAAGCAUUCGACUACUGGAUUCAUCCGGACUUGUCGUCGGUGCUGUGGGCGUCCAACCACACCAAGCAGUAUCGGCAUUCGUUCUUUGCCGAUUACUACGUCCAGGAUGUGGAGUCACUCAAGUCCGUGCCCCUGAUGCCCGAUCAGGAAGGUGAUAUUCAAUAUGCACAGUGGAGCCCGGCGGGCAAUACCAUCGCCUUUGUUCGCGAGAAUGACCUGUAUGUCUGGGAUAAUGGCACCGUUACUCGGAUUACUGAUGAUGGUGGCCCCGACAUGUUCCACGGCGUGCCGGACUGGAUCUAUGAAGAGGAGAUCCUGGCCGAUCGCUACGCGUUGUGGUUCUCGCCAGACGGUGAAUACCUGGCGUAUCUGAGCUUCAAUGAGACUGGUGUCCCGACCUAUACUGUUCAGUAUUAUAUGGAUAACCAAGCAAUCGCUCCGGCGUAUCCGUGGGAGCUGAAGAUAAGGUAUCCCAAGGUGUCGCAAACAAACCCGACCGUGACGUUGAGUCUUCUCAACAUCGCUAGCAAGGAGGUGAAGCAGGCCCCAAUCGACGCGUUUGAGUCGACUGACUUAAUCAUUGGCGAGGUUGCUUGGCUCACUGAUACUCAUACCACCGUUGCUGCCAAGGCGUUCAACCGAGUUCAGGACCAGCAGAAGGUCGUCGCGGUCGAUACUGCCUCGAACAAGGCUACCGUCAUCAGCGACCGAGAUGGAACAGAUGGAUGGCUCGAUAACCUGCUCUCGAUGAAGUAUAUCGGUCCUAUCAGGCCGUCCGACAAGGAGGCCUACUACAUUGACAUCUCCGACCAUUCGGGAUGGGCGCACCUGUAUCUCUUCCCCGUUUCGGGCGGCGAACCUAUCCCAUUAACCAAAGGCGAAUGGGAGGUCACGUCUAUCCUGAGUAUUGACCAGGAACGCCAGUUGGUGUACUACCUGUCGACUCAACACCACAGCACUGAGCGCCAUCUGUAUUCCGUCUCCUAUUCCACGUUUGAGGCCACCCCGCUAGUCGACGACACCGUUGCCGCAUAUUGGUCUGCUUCCUUCUCUGCCAACUCGGGCUACUAUAUCCUCACGUACGGAGGCCCAGACGUCCCCUACCAGGAACUCUACACCACCAACAGUACCAAACCACUCCGCACAAUCACCGACAACGCCAAGGUACUCGAGCAAAUCAAGGACUACGCCUUGCCCAACAUCACCUACUUCGAACUCCCCCUCCCCUCCGGAGACACCCUCAACGUCAUGCAGCGCUUACCCCCCGGGUUCACCCCGGAGAAGAAGUACCCCAUUCUCUUCACCCCAUACGGCGGCCCAGGCGCCCAAGAAGUGACCAAGAGAUGGCAAGCCCUGAACUUCAAGGCCUACGUUUCCUCCGACAGCGAGCUCGAAUACGUAACCUGGACCGUUGACAACCGCGGCACAGGCUUCAAAGGGCGCAAGUUCCGCUCCGCCGUCACCCGCCAACUCGGCCUCCUCGAAGCCGACGACCAGAUCUACGCCGCGCAGCAGGCGGCCAACAUCCCCUGGAUUGACGAGGACCACAUCGGCAUUUGGGGCUGGAGUUUCGGAGGCUACUUGACCAGCAAGGUCCUGGAGAAGGACAGCGAUGCUUUCACAUUAGGAGUCAUCACUGCCCCGGUCUCCGACUGGCGCUUCUAUGACUCCAUGUACACGGAACGCUACAUGAAGACCCUCUCGACCAACGAGAAAGGCUACAAGACCAGCGCUGUCCGCAAGACCGACGGGUUCAAGAACGUCGAGGGUGGAUUCUUGAUCCAACACGGCACGGGUGACGACAACGUCCACUUCCAAAACUCGGCCGCAUUGGUGGAUCUCCUGAUGGGCGAUGGCGUUUCUCCCGAGAAACUCCAAUCCCAAUGGUUCACAGACUCGGACCACGGAAUCAGUUAUAACGGCGGAGGCGUGUUUCUGUACAAGCAACUAGCCCGAAAGCUCUACCAGGAGAAGAACCGACAAACACAGGUGUUGAUGCACCAAUGGACUAAGAAGGACUUGGAGGAGUAG